UUAAUCCGCAUUACGAUUAGCUUUCGAGUUAGUUUGCUACGCCAUCUCUUACAGAAUGGUAUCGACAUCGUUUGCUAUAACUUUCCUGAUAAUUCUACUCAAUUGGUACGAGUGGGCAACAGCCUUAACUGACGAUGCGAGAAUCGUUGGAGGAUAUGCCGACCGAAUCGAGAACGUUCCCUACACCGUUUCGAUAAGUAAGAGAGGUUUCGGCCAUUUCUGUGGCGGUAGUCUUAUCUCGUUGCAGUGGGUUCUUACGGCCGCACAUUGCCUAGUCGGUGAAGGGCCGGGAGACCUUUACGUUCGAGCAGGGUCCACUUACAAGAACACAGGUGGAAUACUUCGAAAAGUGAAAAUGGUUAUCCCACAUAAUCGUUACAGUAAGGACAUAAAGUUAGAUCUCGACAUCGGGCUGCUCCAACUACUUAGACCUUUUCCGGCUAACAAUGACUUCAUCGGUACGGUCCGUUUAAUUGGUCCUGCCGAGAUUGUGCCACCUGGUAGAGACUGUGUCAUUUCCGGAUGGGGAACCACCAAGCAAAAUGACGGCGAGCAUCAGGUACUGAAAAGUGCUAUGGUUAAAACGGUUACUCAAGCAGCGUGUCAAAGGGUACUGUAUCGAAAGAUCAUAACGAAAAAUAUGGUUUGCGCCGGUGCUCAGAGACACGACGCCUGCCAAGGAGAUUCCGGUGGUCCCAUGAUAUGUACCGGAAGCCUCACAGGGGUGGUGUCUUGGGGUGAGGGAUGUGCUACCGCAGGUAAACCUGGGGUUUACACAUCCGUACGUGAAUUGAGGCCUUGGAUCUAUGCUUAUACUGGAAUUGUGGUGAGCGUUUGCAUCGCAACCGGCAUUGAACUUAAUCGGCAUUACGAUUCGACAUCGAAUGAGUUUGCUAAGUCCCUUUCAUACAGAAUGACAUCGGCAGUAUCUACUUUAGCUUUCCUGAUAAUUCUUCUCAACUGGUGCGAGUGGGCAUCAUCAUCCGACUUGAGAAUCGUUGGAGGAUUUGCCGACAAAAUCGAGAACGUUCCCUACACCGUUUCGAUAAGUAAGAGAGGUUAUGGCCAUUUAUGUGGCGGCAGUCUAAUUACACUGAAAUGGAUUCUUACGGCCGCACACUGCCUACUGGAUGAUGGCCCGGGUAACCUUUACGUUCGAGCAGGGACCACUUACAAGAACAAAGGUGGAAUACUUCGAAGAGUGCAAACGACUAUCUCACAUGCUCUCUACACUACGCAGAAGUUAGAUCUCGACGUCGGGCUCGUCCAACUGUUCAGACCUUUUCCGGCAAACAAUAAUUUGAUCAGUACGGUUCGCUUAAGGGCUCCUUCCGAGAUUGUGCCACCUGGUGUAGAAUGCGUCAUUUCCGGAUGGGGAGACACUAAGGAAAAUGAUGGCCCGUAUCAGAUACUGAAAAGCGCUAAGGUUAAAACGGUCAGUCAAAUGAGGUGCCAACAGGCACUGUUUCGGCAGGUCAUCACAAAGAAUAUGAUUUGUGCCGGUGCUCAGGGACACGAUGCCUGCCAAGGUGAUUCGGGUGGUCCCAUGGUAUGUGCCGGUAUCCUAACAGGGGUUGUGUCCUGGGGUGAGGGAUGUGCUACCAUAGGUAAACCUGGAGUUUACACAUCCGUAAGUGAAUUGAGGCCCUGGAUCCAUACUUUCACUGGACUUUAAAACUAAUGCGGUUACAUGAGAUCAAUAAAUAGCAAACAACUUCUGAAAUCGUCUUAUUGCUAUUGCUCUUUCCAUGAUAACGUGAAACCAAGGUAAAAGGUAAAU